AUGGCGAGCAACUCACCGUUCAAGCCGAAAUCCUCCAGGGCCUCUUCGCAAAUCCCACCACCACCACCGCCUCCGUCCGCCUCCCAGAUCCGCCCGGCCGUCGUCGUCCUCCUCGUCCGCCCCUGCGGCGGUGAGAUCCCCCGCCGCCCCGCCCUGGAUUCCGUCGAGAGGAUCGUCGAGGACUUUGCCAUGGACCUCGCCAUCAACCCCUUCUCCUCCGGCACCCGCCUCCGGGACAUGAUACGUGCGAUACGCGCGUGCAAGACGGCAGCGGAGGAGCGCGCGGUGGUGCGGCGGGAGUGCGCGGCGAUACGGGCCGCCAUCAGCGAGGGCGAUCAGGACUACCGGCAUCGGAACAUGGCCAAGCUCAUGUUCAUCCACAUGCUCGGCUACCCCACUCACUUCGGCCAGAUGGAGUGCCUCAAGCUUAUUGCUGCCGCGGGCUUCCCCGAGAAGCGCAUCGGCUAUCUAGGACUCACGCUGCUGCUCGAUGAGCGGCAGGAGGUCCUCAUGCUCGUCACCAACUCUCUCAAGCAAGAUCUUAACCACUCAAACCAGUUCAUUGUUGGGCUUGCGCUCUGUGCUCUUGGCAACAUAUGUUCAGCUGAAAUGGCGCGCGAUCUGGCACCUGAAGUGGAGAGGCUGUUGCAAAAUAGGGACCCUAAUACAAAGAAGAAGGCCGCCUUAUGCUCUAUAAGGAUUGUCCGAAAAGUUCCAGACUUGGCAGAAAAUUUCAUGAGUGCUGCCGCAUCAUUACUGAAGGAAAAACAUCACGGUGUUCUGAUAUCUGCUGUUCAGCUUUGCAUGGAACUAUGUAAAGCGAGCUAUGAAGCAUUGGAGUACUUGAGGAAGAACUGCCUUGAAGGACUGGUCCGAAUACUGAGAGAUGUGUCCAACAGUUCAUAUGCUCCUGAAUAUGACAUUGGUGGCAUCACAGAUCCAUUCUUACAUAUCCGAGUGCUUAAACUCAUGCGAAUACUGGGUCAAGGAGAUGCAGAUUGCAGCGAGUAUAUCAAUGAUAUUCUUGCUCAGGUUUCAACGAAAACUGAGUCAAAUAAGAAUGCUGGAAAUGCAAUUUUAUAUGAAUGUGUGGAGACAAUAAUGGGCAUUGAAGCUACAAGUGGCUUACGUGUGUUGGCUAUUAAUAUUUUGGGUCGAUUUUUGUCCAACCGUGAUAACAACAUAAGAUAUGUUGCCCUAAACAUGCUUACGAAGGCCAUCGCCGUAGAUACACAAGCUGUGCAGAGGCACAGGGCAACAAUUUUAGAGUGCGUCAAGGAUGCAGAUGUCUCUAUUCGUAAAAGGGCCCUGGAACUUGUUUACCUACUUGUCAAUGAUACAAAUGUAAAGCCAUUGACUAAGGAACUUGUUGAUUACCUUGAAGUGAGUGAUCAAGAUUUCAAGGAAGACCUCACUGCUAAGAUAUGCUCAAUAGUUGAAAAGUUUUCCAUGGACAAGCUAUGGUACUUAGACCAGAUGUUCAGAGUUUUAUCUCUGGCUGGUAAUUAUAUAAAGGAUGAUGUAUGGCAUGCUCUAAUAGUUCUAAUGAGUAAUGCAUCUGAACUUCAAGGAUAUUCAGUCAGGUCAUUAUAUAAGGCACUGCAAGCAUCUGGUGAACAGGAAAGUUUAGUUAGGGUGGCUGUUUGGUGCAUCGGUGAAUAUGGAGAAAUGCUGGUCAACAAUCUUAGUAUGUUGGACAUGGAGGAACCGAUCACGGUAACAGAAUCUGAUGCUGUGGAUGCCGUAGAGGCUACUCUUCAGCGCUACUCUGCAGAUGUUACUACUAGGGCUAUGUGUCUUGUCUCUCUUUUGAAGCUUUCCUCCCGGUUUCCACCAACAUCAGAGAGGAUAAAAGAUAUAGUUGCUCAAAAUAAAGGGAAUACUGUGCUUGAAUUGCAGCAAAGAUCUAUUGAAUUCAGUUCCAUUAUACAAAGACAUCAAUCUAUAAAAUCAUCUUUGCUUGAACGGAUGCCUGUAUUGGACGAAGCUAAUUAUUUGGUGAAGAGAGCUGCUUCUACACAGGCUGCAGUUUCAUCUUUAAAUUCUGCUCCAGCAGCCACUUCUGGAGGCCCAUUUAAGCUUCCAAAUGGUGUAGCAAAGCCACCACCAGCUCCUUUAGCUGAUUUGCUUGAUUUGAGUUCUGAUGAUGCUCCAGUGACUACUUCGUCCCCUACUACAGCACGUAAUGAUUUUCUACAGGAUCUGUUGGGCAUUGGUUUGACUGAUUCGUCUCCUAUAGGCGGAGCUCCGUCUACAAGCAAUGACAUUCUGAUGGAUCUCCUAUCUAUUGGUUCAUCUCCUGUACAAAAUGGCCCACCAACGUCAAACUCUAGCCUUCCUGCCAUAGAGACUAAACCUGUCCCUGUUAAACCUCAAGUUGUGGAUCUUCUUGAUGGUUUGUCCUCAAGCACAUCUCUUCCUGAUGAGAAUGCAGCUUACCCUACAAUCACAGCAUUCCAGAGUGCAACCUUGAGGAUCACAUUCAGUUUCAAGAAGCAACCUGGAAAACCUCAGGAGACUACAAUUAAUGCUUCUUUCACAAAUUUGGCAACCACUACAUUCACAGAUUUUGUCUUCCAGGCAGCCGUGCCAAAGUUCAUCCAAUUGCGUUUGGACCCAGCUAGCAGUAGCACUCUUCCCGCCAGUGGAAAUGGGUCAGUCACACAAAGCCUUAGUGUCACCAACAACCAGCAUGGGCAGAAACCACUUGCAAUGCGUAUCCGGAUGUCUUAUAAAGUGAAUGGUGAGGACAGGCUGGAGCAAGGGCAAAUCAGCAAUUUUCCUGCUGGGUUGUAG